AUGGCCGCCGUCAUCGUGGGCGGCCUGCAAAAGGCCCAAGAAGCCGUUCGACAAGCGACUUCGAACGAGAAAAAAGCUGUUGAUCUCGAGCGAGAUACGGUAAAUAUCCACACUAAUCAGCCCUUGACCACGGACCACGGAGUCCGCGUUGAGAACGCAGAUCAGUGGUUGCGUGUGGUGGAAGAUCAACAUACGGGGUUCGACCCUGUUUCAUUUACCGGUAUGCGGGCUGUUAUCAAGGCGGCUGGUGCCUUGCCAGUUAUUAUCGAGACUAAGCGGUCUCGUAUCUACGCCGAGGGUGAAUCGCCCUCUCCAUCUGCAGGUCGCGGAGGGUUCAGCCCAGGUCAUCAACUAGACGGGAAUGGACAGAUUAAGCACUGGAUUGCUGAAACAUUCGGGCAUAUGAAGGCCCUCGGUGCGACAGCAGUGGCGGUUACUCUGGUGAAGGAGAGUCUAGGUGCCGUCUCUGGUCUGAAAGUCGGUUCCGCUGAGCAGCGAGUCGAGUUGUACGAAGUCGUCACUGCGGGUGGUGUGCAAAAGCCCGAGAGUUUCAGAGAGACCGUCAAUAUCGUUCGUGGAGCUACAGAUUUUGCGGAUUUAUCUUUCUAUCAGAUUGCACAACAUCGAAAUUAUCAGCGGGAGCUAGAUGGGCUUGUUUCAUCGGUUGCAUUUUAG